AUGCCACAUAUUCCUGAGACCCUUUUCCAACCCUUUCCCUUUCCCAGGGCUUUCCCAGAGCAGGAUGUUUACACGACUCCCGUUUACUUCUCCUCCGACUGGCUCAACGAAUACUGGGAUGCUGUGGCUGUGGAUGAUUAUAGGUUUGUCUACAUGGGACCCAAGGGCUCAUGGACACCGUUCCAUGCUGAUGUGUUCCGCUCCUACAGCUGGUCAGCAAACAUCUGUGGCAGGAAGAAGUGGCUCCUGUAUCCAGCUGGACAGGAGGAAUUCCUGAAGGACAGACACGGCAAUUUACCCUUUGAUGUGACUGCCCCCAGCCUGCAGGACAGGAGGGAGUACCCUCGCUACAGCCAAAGCCAACCCCCCGUGGAGAUCGUCCAGGAAGCAGGAGAGAUUGUCUUCAUUCCCAGUGGAUGGCACCACCAGGUUUACAACCUGGUGAGACCCCCUGGCACCAUCCUGCUCAUCGGGCAGCACAUUAACGGGAUGAGGUUCCACCAGGCCAAGGGCCGG